AUGCUGGUGAUGGUCUGUCUGUUCUGCCAGCAUUGGGGUGUCCUUAGUGAACCUGGAGAAGAUCUUGGAACAAUGUGUUAUAAAUGUAAGAAAUAUCAUCUUGGGUUAUGCUAUGAAAUCAUGAGAUCCUGCACACUGAAGCAUAGACAGUCCUGUGCAGCUGAGAACUUUUACAUACUCACAAAUAAAGGACAGAGCAUGUAUCAUUAUUCAAGACUGUCGUGUAUGACCAACUGUGAGGACAUCAACUUCCUGAGUUUUGAAAGGAGGACAGAGCUAAUUUGUUGCAAGCACAGUAGCUAUUGCAACCUCCCAAUGGGACUCUAG